AUGCCGCUCUGUCUCACCUUCAUCGACUUGAAGAAGGCCUUCGACUCAGUUGAGACAGAAGCGGUCGUGGAAGCCUUGGACAACCAAGGCGUCCCUACUCAGUACAUAAAGGUACUUCGAGAGUUGUACAGUAACUUCACGACGGGGAUUUCGCCAUUCUACAAGAACAUCAUUGACGUGAAGAGGGGGGUCCGACAGGGUGAUACAAUUUCACCCAAAAUAUUCACAACCACCCUCGAGAACGCAAUGCAAAAGUUGGAUUGGGAAGACAUGGGAGUGAAGGUUGAUGGUCGGCAGCUACACCAUUUGCGCUUUACUGAUGACAUCGUACUGAUAACACCUAGCAUCAGCCAAGCGGAACGAAUGCUGACCGAACUCGACGAAAUAUGUGGAUGCAUCGGUCUUCAGCUGAAUCUACAAAAGACGAUGUUCAUGCGGAACGGAUGGGUCUCGGAUGCCCCAUUCACGCUCAAUGGAACGAACAUAUCCGAAUGCACCAGCUACGUUUAUCUGGGUCGGGAACUGAACAUGAUGAACGACCUGACCCCCGAGCUGGGCAGGAGGAGACGAGCGGCUUGGGGAGCGUACAAGAGCAUCGAGGAUGUAGUGAAGAAGACCAGGAACACCCGGCUCCGUGCUCACCUCUUCAACACCACCGCACUUCCUGCUUUGACUUAUGCUUCGGAAACCUGGGCAUUUCGCAAGCAGGAAGAAAACGCGGUGAGUGUCAUUGAACGCGCAAUUGAGAGAGUGAUGCUAGGAGUAUCCCGUUCCACGCAAAUGAGGGACGGGAUUCGAAGUUCUCUCCUACGUCAACGAUCGAAGAUUAGAGACGCCGCCGCGUUUGCCAAGGAAAGUAAAAUAAGGUGGGCCGGACACGUGAUCGCUUUAACGACAACCGAUGGACCAGAGCCGUGA